CCUCCCGGACUAAGGGUCCAUUUCACUGACUGUGAGAAGCUGGAAAUGUCCCAGUGAUCCUGUAACUGCUGGGAAGUUUCUCCUGGGCUCAUGAGUUACAAUGAAGAUGAGGAUUUCCUUCCACUCGCAUUGUGCCAUGGGCAACCCCUCUCUGUCCAGUUACCUCCUUUUCUUUUUUACGGUCCAUGUUUCUACAUUGGAAUCAGUGAAUUUCAAGGUGAUUGGACCUGAUCAUCCCAUCAUGGCCUCUGCAGGUGAAGAUGCCCUGUUACCCUGUCACCUCUUCCGUAACACAAGUGCUCAGAAGUUGGAGGUGCGCUGGUACCGAUCCAAGUUCUCUGAACCUGUCCAUCUGUAUCAGAAUGAAAAAGAUCAGGCUGAGCAGCAAAUACCAAAUGAUCAGGGCAGAACAGAGCUGCUGAAGGAUGGUAUUGUGGAUGGAAGCGUUGUCCUGCGUAUACACAACAUCACCCCCUCUGACCAUGGGCAGUUUAUCUGUUUCUUCCGAUCAAGCAGAUUUUAUGCGGAAGCCACUCUGGAACUGAAGGUGACAGGGCUACACGCCAUGCCACAACACAAAAGUCACCUGCUGAAUUAUUGCACGGUAGAGAGAUGCAUACUAAAUUAAACAUUGCUGGAUUACAUGGGCCUAUAUCUGAUAUAUCAUUGCUGCCGGAUAUCAGACAAACAGUUCAAUGAAAACCACAAAAAUAUAAGAUGCAGAUAAAUGCUGUGGGGUCAGGGAACUGAAAUUCAAAUGUGGCUUGUUUAUAGAAGUAUGAAAACCUGGAAUGUUAGGAAAAGGAGAACCCAGGUUCACUUCCCCACUGAAAAUUGUUUCUAAAAAGGACUAUGACACUCCGUACCUCAGAGUAGCACUCUGGAACUCCCAUAUUCAUCACUGUCAUAGAAUUAUGAUAUGUUUUGUACGAAGUUUGCCUUGAGAAGUAUCAUGUUAAAAGUCUUGAUCUGUUGAACAUUAAUAUCCUGUUGGAUUGUAUGUGCUAUCAUGGUAUAGGAAGUUAUGAAGUUUUGCUAUGUAUGUGUUACUGAAAUAUGUUGUGAGGUUGGGAACACCCACAACCAACCUUUCAGGUGCAACAAUGGAGGAGGCAGACAGGGGUUAAUGGCUCAUCAACACCCAUCAAGGAAAGGAUCUCAGAAACUGUAUACAAUGGAAACUUCUCAGAGAGAACACGUAGACAAUGGAGACUGCUUGACCAAUGGAGACUACCUGAUCCCCACACCACAGCAAAGGAUUUUUCCAACAAGCUGGAAGAAACUAUAAAAGAGAGGAAGUGACAUCAUCACUUGGCCUCACUCCCCCCCACAACUCAACACCUGGAAACGUGUUUGGAGGACAAAGACUUUGUAUGUGGGAGGGUGGUUUCAGGCUGGAAAAGAGUCCCAGCCUGUGUAUUGAGGAACUAUACUAUCCUGUUUAGUUUAUAGAACUCAGAUUGUGAAUUUACUUUUAUUUCUUAGGUAACCAACUUUGAUCUCUACAUUCGCUACCUAUAAUCACUUAAAAUCUAUCUUUCUGUAGUUUAUAUUUUACCUAAAACAGUGUGGUUUGGUUGAAGUGCUUGGGAAAUCUCAGCUCAGUUUACAUCGAAGCAGGGGCAGUCUGGGUAAUGAACUUAUUCUGGUUAGGCUUCUGACCAGGGCAAGAUGGUACAGCUCUGCGGUGCAAG